ACGGGCUCACUCGAGCGCAGUAGGUGAGCUGUAUUGCGAACACUGCGGUGACGGAGUGAUUCGAGAUUCUGCAGUGGGAGAGAUGAGCCGUGAGGCCAAGCGUGCAGAGCGCAGCAGGACAGGCCGCUGCUCAAGGUGCUCGAGCCUGGAGCACUAGACGUCGAUCUCAGCUUGCACCGAUUACAGCAAGACGAGCGCCUGGACUUCCCCGUCACAAUGCCGUCGAAAGAUCGUGUCUCGUAUUUUUAUGAUGGGGAUGUCGGGAAUGUCUAUUACGGACCAAAUCAUCCAAUGAAACCUCAUCGCCUGUGUAUGACUCACAGCUUGGUGCUCGCAUAUGGACUACACAACAAGAUGGAGAUAUAUAGACCCCACAAAGCAUAUCCGGUGGAGAUGGCACAAUUUCACUCGGAGGAUUACAUUGAGUUUUUGCACAGAAUAACUCCGAACAUGCAAGAGCAAUACCAUCAGGAACUCCUAAGAUAUAAUAUGGGGGAGGAUUGUCCUGUCUUCGACAACUUGUUCGAGUUUUGUCAAAUAUAUGCUGGAGGCACCAUAGAUGCUGCUCACAGGCUCAAUAACAAGCUUUGUGAUGUUGCUAUAAAUUGGGCCGGCGGUUUGCACCAUGCGAAAAAAUGCGAAGCUUCUGGAUUUUGUUAUGUGAACGAUUUGGUGCUUGGAAUCCUAGAGCUUUUAAAGUAUCAUGCUCGAGUUCUUUACAUCGACAUCGAUGUACAUCACGGAGAUGGUGUUGAGGAGGCUUUCUUUCUCACAGACAGAGUUAUGACUGUGAGUUUCCACAAAUUUGGGGAUAAUUUUUUCCCAGGAACUGGGGAUAUGAAGGAUAUUGGUGACAAGGAUGGAAAAUACUAUGCGAUUAAUGUUCCCCUCAAAGACGGUAUCGAUGAUGCAAGCUUCACACGGCUAUUCAAAACGAUCAUUUCUAAGGUUGUCGAAUUCUACCAGCCGGGUGCAAUUGUUCUUCAAUGUGGUGCCGACUCGCUUGCAGGAGAUCGCCUCGGCUGUUUCAAUCUUUCGAUAGAUGGUCAUUCUGAGUGUGUACGAUACGUGAAGAAGCUUGGUCUUCCUCUCUUGGUCACUGGAGGAGGUGGUUACACCAAAGAGAACGUUGCUCGAUGUUGGACUGUAGAGACGGGGGUUCUAGUAGAUACCGAUCUUCCCAAUGAAAUACCAGAUAACGAUUACUUGAAAUACUUCAAGCCUGAUUGCUCAUUGAGAGUAAAUUCCGGAAUAAAUGUGGAAAAUCUUAAUGGAAAGACCUAUCUUAGCACUAUAAAAAUGCAGGUGUUAGAGAACCUUCGCAACAUCCAACAUGCACCAGGGGUACAAAUGCACGAGGUUCCUCCCGACAAUUAUCUGCCGGAGUAUGACGAGGACGAUAUAAAUCCGGAUGUUCGCAUGGACCAACAUUUACAAGAUAAGCACAUACAAAAGGACGAAGAGUUUUACGAGGGAGACAAUGAUCAAGACCAUGAUGGAGGAGAGAAAGGAAGCUGAACGCUGCUGCUGAAGCAAAGGGCAUACGAAGGGGAUGCAACGUGCUGAGCUUUUUCAAGGCCUUUAUUGUGUACCCGCAGCCACAUAGGUUAUUCAGACUGAGCUUAAUACAAUGGCCAAGACAACUAUGGAGGUUGUUGCGUUUCAAGGUCCAUGACGUACAUUUUGGGAUGAAAUCUCAAGCUUCAUUGACUUGAAUCGCUUUAAGUUAGUUUUAUUAGAUGUAUAUAUGUCUGGUUUCCAUCUGUAGGAGUGUACAUUACCCACUUUUUUUUCUCAGCGAGUUAGAAUCAGUCCAGUUUUGAUAGUUUCAUGUAACGUUGAGUGGUAUGGUUGCUGUCGGUCGACCAAAUAGAGUACACCAGAGAGUCUUCUGGCUGUUGGUGGUCUCUAAUUCAAUGAGUAUGUAGUGGAUCAGAGUUUAACGAUACAGUAAAUUUUUCUCUAGGUCUUUUAUAUCAACGCAUACACACUUUUGGAAGAGUCAGUUGCUCUUAUAAUCGCUAUAAAACAUUUUCUUGGACGCUA